AUGGACUGCAAAGGGCAUGAAGCAGAGGGCCUUCUCAAGGAUGAAGACUUGGAAAUCAACACAAGUGAUGAUUCUGAGUGUCCAAACUGCUCGCCUCGGUCUUCCAAGAGACUUACUCUCAGGAUCAUUAUGAUCCAUAUUUCGGUCGCAGCUUUGUAUCUCAUAGUUAUCACAGCGUGGCUCAAGGCUACUUUGCCUGCGCGACUUCCCAAUCUCAUAUAUGUACCAGCGAGGGACGCAUUACAGUAUCAGGUCACAGAGAUGUACACUCGCGAGGACAACCCAAACCCGUUCAUGGGAAUGACCGACGCGUCUGACGAGGCAUGGCAUAGUCUGAUGGAACACACGAAUUUUCGACUCACGGACGAAAAUCUUCAAAGACUCAAUAGGACAUCAGUAGCUUUGGGCAGUGGAGGCUACCUUGGCAUGCCCACUGUUUUCCAUGAGCUACACUGUCUUAAAAUGAUUCGCUGGUCUUCCAACUUGACCAGAUACGGACACUGGUUUGGAGUUCGCGAUCAUGAAGAAUUACAAACGCACGUCGAUCACUGUAUGGAUGUCGUCCGUCAGAGUAUAAUGUGUCGAGCUGAUAUGUCGCCAAUGACCUUCUACUGGACGCUCAAAAGCCGAGUCCCAGAGACCGAUUUUGCUGCGGAUCACGAAUGCGUGGACUGGACAAAAGUUGAGCAGUGGCUGGAGGAACGUCGCGUCGACAUCUAUGGAGAGGGCGAACUGAACCACCCAGUCUAUGGGGCAUCAUAUCCCAACGGCCACAGACUCAUCGAGGACUGGGACGUUCCAAAGAAGCUCCCAUUUGUUCCGCUGCCAACUUCGCAGAGACUAAAGGUCUAG